AUGUUAAAAAAAUUUACGAGAUUUCUUUUCUCGCGUGAAAAGAUUCAAUAUGACGUACUUAUUGUUGGAGCAGGUCCAGCAGGUCUGUCAGCAGCCAUAAGAAUUAAAGAAUUGGACCCUAACAAAUCAGUUGUCGUCAUAGAGAAGUCAGGUACUUUGGGAGGACAUAUUCUGAGUGGUAAUUGCUUUCAACCUACAGCAAUGAAUGAAUUAUUUCCUAAUUGGGAGAAAAUGGAAAAUAAACCUCCUUUAGAUACUCCAGUUUCAGAGGAUCACUUCCAUAUCCUUUGGAAUGAAAAAUUGAGUUUACAGAUUCCACAUAUGUUUUAUCCAUCUACAAUUAGAAAUCAUGGAAAUUAUGUAAUAAGCUUGGGCGAUUUGUGUGUUUGGAUGGGAGAAUAAGCCUAAGCUUUGGGAGUCGAUAUUUUUACAAGUACUGCUGGAGCAAGAGUGAUCUUCGAUGAAAAAGAUAGAGUGAUCGGAGUUGCAACAGGAGACAUGGGAAUCGCUAAGAAUGGAGAGAAAAAAUCCAAUUAUUAAGAGGGAAUAGAUAUAGUGGCAAAUUAAACAAUAUUAUGCGAAGGAGCAAGAGGUUCAAUCACUGAAAGAGUCAUUGAAAAAUACAAUUUGAGAAAAGAUUGUGAACCUUAAUCUUAUGGUAUUGGAUUAAAAGAAGUUUGGGAGGUACCUCCUGAAGAUUUUAAGGCUGGUCUAGUUUAACAUACAGUUGGGUGGCCUUUAUGUAGAAAUACUUAUGGAGGCUCCUUCUUGUAUCAUAAGAAUACUAAUCAAAUACAUUUAGGGUUGGUUGUUGGUUUGGAUUAUGAGAAUCCAAAUUUAAGUCCAUAUCAAGAGUUUUAAAAUUUAAAGAAACAUCCAAAAAUCUCAAGAUUUCUCAAGAAUGGAACCUGUAUAAGCUAUGGUGCAAGAGUCUUAAAUGAAGGAGGAUACUUUUCAAUUCCCAAAUUAACAUUUCCAGGAGGUAUGUUAGCUGGCUGUUCAGCUGGAUUUUUAAAUGUGAUGAAAAUUAAGGGAUCUCAUAAUGCCAUGAAAUCAGGAAUGUUGGCAGCAGAAACUAUUUGUGCUAAACAAAAUGUAGAACCAGGAUAAGAAUUAGUUGAAUAUGAGAAUGCUGUUAAAUCAUCCUGGAUUUAUGAUGAAUUGUAUAGAUCAAGAAAUUUCAAGGGUUCAUUUAAAUACAAUAUUUAUUCUGGGCUAUUUUACGGUGCAUUUGAUGGUUUCAUCUCAAAAGGAAGGGAACCUUGGAAUAUCAAAUCACAUGUGAAAGAAAGCGAAUCAUAUUUGACUAAAGAUAAAGCUCCUUAAAUUAAAUAUGAGAAACCAGAUGGAAAAUUGACCUUUGAUUUAUUGGACAACUUAGCAAGAAGUGGAACCAACCAUGAGCAUGAUUAACCAGCUCAUCUUAAAGUGAUCAAGGAGGCUGGACCUAAGGAAAGUAUAAACUUGUAUGAUGGUCCUGAAUAAAGAUUUUGUCCAGCUAAAGUCUAUGAAUUUAUUGAUACUAAGGAAGGCAAAAAGCUAUAAAUCAAUGCUUAGAAUUGUUUACAUUGCAAGACUUGUGACAUCAAGAUGCCCAAAGAUUAUAUUAGAUGGACUGUCCCAGAAGCCGGAGGAGGACCCAACUAUUCUGGAAUGUGAUUUUAUUAUAUUUUUUAUUCAUUUAACAACAGAAUUAAAAUAUCAAUAU